AUUUUCUCUCUUUCCUUUACUUUACAUUGACUCAACUUACCUUAACAAACCACAUUGAUGUGAAGCUAAGCCUUAGAGCUUCUAAUAAGUAUCCAAACACUAUUAGGCUUUGUUUGGAUUGAUGGAAUCGGAUGGAGCGGAGCGGAAUGAAAUGGAAUAAAAUGAUAUUCCAUUGUUUGGAUAAUUUAAAAACGGAUGGAGCGGAGCGGAAAUGAGUGGUAUGGAUUCCAUUCCAUUCCAUCACUUACCACCAUAUUUCUUCCCCUCCGAUUUGGGCGGAAUGAACAAUUUGUCUUAUUCUGUUCUAAAAUUUCCAAACAAUGGAAUGGUAUCUUCGUUCCGCUCCGUUCCAUCCCACUCCGUUCCGCUCCAUUCCGCUCCGUUCAUUUCGUGAUAUCCAAACAUAGUUCAUUGCUAAGGUCACUUGCAUAUCAAUAAAUAACGAAUACAAUUUCACGCAGCUAAACUCCCUUAUGAAAUAUUUGAUGCAGAAACUGAGGUUUUUUCAGCACAUGGUGUUUCCUUGAAGCUCAACAUUUGUUUAUCGCAGCAACGUAGCAUUAUUAUAAAGAUAGUAUGAGGAAGCAGAACUGAUUUUAUGUGUUUCUAAAACCAAGGCAUAAAUAUUUGUUCAACUCCAAUGCUUCUACUGAUGCACUUUUUCGCCGUCUCUGGAUGCAAGCACCGAUGAAAUAACGGUGCUACAAGUCGUUAUGCAUAAGCUGGGCUCCAAAGUUCUAGUCUUUUCUCACAACCGAUGCAACCCAUUCAACCUUAGGUCAUUUAUCCAUUGUAUACACACUGCCGUUGCUGCUUCGUAUCAAUCUAUCUACCAUUCCAACCAGCUCCUUAAUGGGCUGUCAAAAUCUGGUCGAGUUGACGAUGCACGGAAACUGUUUGACAAAAUGCCUCAAAAGGAUGAAUAUUCUUGGAACACCAUGAUAUCUGGCUAUGUUAACGUGGGAAGACUAGUUGAAGCAAGGGAACUUUUUGAUGGGUUUUCAUGUAGGAGUUCCAUCACAUGGUCCUCUCUUAUAUCCGGGCAUUGUAAAUUCGGGUGUAAAGCUGAGGUUUUUGAUUUGUUUAGGUCAAUGAGGUUGGAGGGUCAUAAACCUUCUCAGUUCACUUUAGGAAGUGUUCUCAGGGUGUGUUCAUCAUUGGGUUUGAUCCAAACGGGGGAAAUGAUUCAUGGGUAUGUUGUAAAGAAUGGAUUUGAAUCUAAUGUGUUUGUUGUUACUGGACUUGUUGACAUGUAUGCGAAAUGCAAGUGUAUUUUAGAAGCUGAGUUUCUUUUCAAGGGGUUGGCAUUUGAUAGGAAAAAUCAUGUCCUGUGGACUGCUAUGGUUACUGGAUAUGCUCAAAAUGGUGAUGGCCGUAAGGCGGUUGAGUUUUUUUGUUACAUGCACACGCAAGGGGUUGAGUGCAAUCAGUAUACCUUUCCUACUAUAUUGACAGCAUGUUCUUCUGUUUCGGCUCUUUGUUUUGGGGAACAGGUGCAUGUUUGCAUUAUAAGAAGUGGUUUUGGAUGCAAUGUUUAUGUUCAAAGUGCAUUGGUUGAUAUGUAUGCGAAAUGUGGAGAUUUAAACAGUGCAAGGACAGUGUUAGAAACUAUGGAAGAUGACGACAUUGUUUCGUGGAACUCCCUGAUUGUUGGGUGUGUAAGACAUGGGUUUGAACAUGAAGCUCUACUCUUGUUCAAAAAUAUGCAUGGAAGAAAUAUGAAGAUUGAUGAUUAUACAUUCCCAUCAAUCCUGAAUUGUUGCGUAGUAGGUAGUAUAGAUCCGAGAUCUGUUCACGAUUUGAUAAUCAAAACUGGAUUUGAGAAUUAUAAACUUGUUAGCAAUGCUCUUGUUGACAUGUAUGCCAAAACUAGGGACAUGAUUUGUGCGUACACAGUGUUCGAAAACAUGUUUGAGAAAGAUGUCAUCUCAUGGACCUCCCUUGUCACUGGUUAUGCACAAAAUGGCUCCCAUGAAGAAUCAUUGAAGAUUUUUUGUGAUAUGAGACUCGCAGGGGUAAAUCCAGACCAAUUUAUUGUUGCAAGUAUUUUGAGUGCAUGUGCAGAACUUACUCUUCUAGAAUUCGGUAAACAAGUGCAUUCAGAUUUCAUUAAAUCAGGCCUUUGGUCAUCACGGUCAGUGGAUAAUUCUCUCGUAGCCAUGUAUGCAAAAUGCGGAUGCCUAGAUGACGCGGAUACCAUUUUUGUUUCAAUGGAAGUUAAAGAUGUAAUUACAUGGACAGCUCUUAUAGUUGGUUAUGCACAAAAUGGUAAGGGAAGAGACUCCUUAAGAUUUUAUGAUGCCAUGGUUUCAAGUGACACAAAACCAGAUUUUAUCACAUUUAUAGGAUUAUUGUUUGCUUGUAGCCAUGCUGGUCUUGUGGAUGAAGGUCGCAGAUACUUUCAACAGAUGAACAAGGUUUAUGGAAUAAAACCUGGUCCUGAACACUAUGCCUGCAUGAUUGACCUUUUCGGACGGUCAGGAAAACUAGAUGAGGCAAAAGAGUUAUUAGAUCAAAUGGAUGUGAAACCAGAUGCAACUGUAUGGAAAUCACUCCUUGCUGCAUGUAGAGUGCAUGGAGACUUAGAGUUGGGAGAAAGGGCAGCUACAAAUCUUUUCGAGCUGGAAGCUAACAAUGCUAUGCCUUAUGUUAUGCUGUCUAACAUGUAUUCUGCUGCUCAUAAAUGGGACGAUGCUGCGAAAAUUCGUAAGCUGAUGAAAUCGAAAGGAAUAGUAAAGGAGCCUGGAUGCAGUUGGUUAGAGAUAAACAGCAGGGUGCAUAACUUCAUUUCUGAUGAUAGAGGACAUCCAAGGGAGACUGAAAUUUAUUCCAAGAUCGACGAAAUUAUGGUAAGAAUUAAGGAAGCCGGUUAUGUACCAGAUAUGAAUUUUUCUUUGCAUGACAUGGAUAAAGAGGGAAAGGAAGUUGGUCUUGCUUAUCACAGUGAGAAACUGGCUGUUGCUUUUGGAUUAUUAGCUGCUCCACCAAGUGCACCAAUCAGGAUAUUUAAGAAUCUUCGAGUUUGCGGAGAUUGUCAUUCUGCUAUGAAAUAUAUAUCAAGAGUUUUCGCUCGCCAUAUAAUCUUGAGGGAUUCAAAUUGUUUUCAUCAUUUUAGAGAAGGAGAAUGUUCUUGUGGGGAUUAUUGGUAGUAAUUUUUUUCUUAAAAACUUCCAUACAAGUAGUGUCCUCUAGUUUCAUGAGGAAUUAAUCCACGUGACAUUUCAAGCUUUUGAGGCUUCUACUAUCAAGCAAUUAAAGUUAAAGUCCACCACACUACCAAUUAUGCCCUUUUCUUAAAAAUAAUUUUCAAAGCUAAAAGGUUAUUUUUGUCAUUUCAUAAUCAACUCAUUUUAUUCACCACACAUUCAACCCAAUUUUGCCACCUAUCUUCCAUUCAUUCUCUCUCCUUCAAAUUUCAUCUUCUUAUAAUAUUACUUUUAUUCUAUC